GCAGUAAUAGACAAUGGCACAAGUUAAGAUGCAGACUACAGCAAACCUGUCCGGACCUACCAUGUCCCCUAUGGUGCUACCCCUACCAGCUACAACUACAAAUACACUGGGUCUGCCGUCCUCAAUGAAUGGGUCCAUUUCGGAAUCAACUGCCAGCUGUAGCAGUCCUACUGCCGGCCUUGUGGAUCCCACGCCUUCUAGCAAUUCACCAGCUCCUCUCCAAGAUAACAUGGCAAACCCCAAAGAGAAAACUCCAAUGUGUCUGGUAAAUGAGUUAGCCCGUUUCAAUAGAAUUCAACCCCAGUAUAAGCUUCUGAAUGAAAGAGGGCCUGCUCAUGCCAAGAUGUUUACAGUGCAGCUGACUCUCGGAGAACAGACCUGGGAAGCUGAAGGAAGCAGUAUUAAAAAGGCCCAGCAUGCUGCUGCUAGCAAAGCAUUGAAUGAAACUACCCUACCCAAACCAACGCCUAGACCACCCAAAAAUAAUGUUAACAAUAAUCCAGGCAGUAUAACGCCAACAGUGGAGCUGAAUGGUCUGGCUAUGAAAAGAGGGGAGCCUGCCAUCUACAGGCCACUAGAUCCAAAGCCAAUUCCCAAUUAUAGAGCAAAUUAUAAUUUUCGGGGCAUGUACAAUCAGAGGUUGAGAGUCUGUCCUGCAGCUGAGGGACUUCUGCAGCACAGCCCCAUCCUACGAGCCACGCUGGGCACGGGCCCUGCCACACGGCACAGCCUGCGCCGACUCUGGCUGGCAGCAGCGUGGGUCACUGGCUCCUCGAUGCGCAGGAUCCUGCCCCUCUACCCAUCGGGAUCGCUGUGCACCUCCUACCCAGCCUCACCGGAGGGAAGUCUGGAGGUGUUUGCACAAAAAGUAGGAAAACAUUCAUGGGAUAUAGAAGGCGUCAUCGCUACACAGGAAGAUCAAGAUAUGCAGGAAGAGUUGGAUGAUCGUGAGGGAUGA